AUGGUGACGACUAAAACCCUAAAAACUUGUUUGCUUUUCUGGGUUUUUGCUGCUGGUUUGGCUGCUGCUUCAAGAAGCUUCGAAGACAAAAAGAAUUUCAACUUCUUUUACUCUCCAUACUCAGGCCCUCCUCCACCCGCAGUUUCAUAUCAAAAUCCACCACCUGUUCCUGCAAAUGAUCCACCGCCAGUUUCUUACCAAAACCCACCGCCUGCUUAUGGAAAUGCUCCACCCGUAGUUUCCUACCAAAGUCCGCCGCCAGCUCCGGCAAAUGAUCCACCUGGUAAAGUUUCCUACCAAACUCCGCCGCCAGCUCCGGCAAAUGAUCCACCUGGUAACGUUUCCUACCAAGUUCCACCGCCGCCGGCUACAGGUAGUCCGCCGUCAGGCGGCAGCACAACGCCGGUUCCUUCUAGUACACCUUCUAAUCAUGGGCAUCACCACCACCACCAUCACCACCACCACCAUCAUCACCAUGGACAAAACCCACCUGCUACUAACUGCGAUAUCCCACCAACUAGUGGCUCUAGUCCACCGAGCAGUGGUGGCAGUCCUCCUUCCCCUACUACACCUUCGCCAAGUUACGGUACUCCCAAUGGACCCGAUGUGGCGCCCUCCCCCACCGGCGGUAGCAGCCCCACUCCGGCACCUGAGUCAGGAUAUAACUACUACCCUCCUCCAUCAACUCCCACCACCACCACCCCACCGUCCACCAGUACUCCGUCCAACUCCCCACCUUUCUGGAGGCAACACCAACGAUUCCUCACCGAUCUGUUCGGGUGGUGGCGGAAUGCAAUCGGCAGAGUCAUGGGAUUGGGUAACCUUAUUCCCGGGUUCGGAACCGACAUGAACUUUCUAGAAGCACUUUCGAACACGAGAACCGAUGGCUACGGUGCACUCUACCGUGAAGGAACCGCUGCUUAUCUCAACUCCAUCGUCAACAUGAACUUCCCCUUCAGAACCAACCAUGUCCGGGACAGUUUCGUAUCAGCCUUGGCCUCGAACAAGGCAGCAGCGGCUCAAGCCGAGGUUUUCCGGCUAGCGAAUGAGGGUCAUCUAACACCUAGAGCUUAA